AUGGGCUUUUUCUCCUCCCUUUCGCAGAUUCUUGGCGUAGGGCGACGACAAGUAAACGUUAUAGUGGUCGGUCUGGAUAAUUCCGGAAAGACGACAAUGUUGAAUUAUCUACGAACUCCGGAAACGGCGACAACGCAAAUUGCUCCAACAGUUGGAUUCUCAGUUGUGAACUUCAUCACAAACAACUUCAGCUUCACCGCUUUUGACAUGGCCGGCCAAGGAAAGUACCGUAACCUAUGGGAGACGUACUAUGUGAAUUCGCAAGGGGUGAUUUUUGUUGUCGAUAGUGCGGAUCGACUACGUAUGGCUGUAGCCAGAGACGAAUUAUGGAUGAUCCUCGAUCAUAAAGAUGUUGCCGGACGACCGGUGAUUUUGGCAAAUAAAACGGACGUAAAGGAUGCGAUGACAUCGAAAAGUAAUAUUACGAUAUUUUUUGAUUUAGGAUUGGAUUUAAUCCGAGGCCACAAAUGGAAUAUUCAUGGCACAUGCGCCCUGAACGGCGCGGGUAUUCAACGGGCGCUCGAGUGGUUGACGAAAGAGAUCAAAUCCUAUUUAGACUCACAAAAAUAA